AUGUGCAGUUUGAAUUGCACAGAUUUCCUUCGUUAUGUAGUUAUUAUCCUUGAUGUUAUUCCUUUUUCAAGGGGAAGUGCAUGGGAGCAACCUCCUCCAGAUUUAGCAUCUUACUUGUAUAAGAAUCGAAUUGUCUACUUGGGAAUGUCUCUAGUUCCAUCGGUCACAGAGUUGAUACUAGCAGAAUUUCUUUAUCUUCAAUAUGAGGAUGAAGAAAAACCAAUUUACCUCUACGUAAAUUCCACAGGGACAACUAAGGUUAACUAUAUUGCUUUAUUUCAUAAGGCUUCAUGA